AUGGCCAUGAACCAGGCCAUGGAUCAUAGCUCACAUAAUUCGAGUACCUCCAGUUCCAUGGACAUGGGAAUGCCUUUUGUUUUCUCCACCGACACCAAAAUCACCAUCUUCUUCCGUGGGUGGACCACCUCGUCAAUAACACAGUAUGUCCUAACGCUGGCAUUUCUGUUCAUCCUGGCAAUGUUGAACCGUUUUCUCGGAGCUUUGAGAUCUCAAAUCGAGCGAAGAUGGUCUCAUCGUGAACUUAAUUUGCGCAAAGUUGAGCCCGAUGGUUCAGAGAACCGACCGAUGAAAUCAAAGCGGAACGGACUCCCUGUUUACAUGCAGGCCAGUCAGCGCUCUGAAGAAUCUGUGUCCACGAUCAAAGAAGAACCGCAGAGAGGUCGCUGUGCUUGGAAAUCGAGCGGGGCUUGGGGUCUUCGUAAAGAUGGCACGCGGGCAGUGCUAGAGCUUGGUAGGGCUUUUCUUGGUUAUGUUUUAAUGCUGGCUAUCAUGGGUUGUAACGUUGGAGUCUUUGCUGCGGUGCUUCUUGGAGUCUUUUGUGGCGAGUUGGUUUUUGGAAGAUUCACGCAGGGAAUGGCAAGGUGA